GCCAAAGACCUGCUGGACUGUUUAGCCCUGUCGGCCGAGCAGGACACGCUGGACACCGGAGGCGAAGCGAAGAGUCUGGAAGCCGAAGAGGAUGCCGAGUUGGCUGAGGUUUGUUUGUUUCGCUUCGGCCGCUUGAUCCAGGCUCUACGCCUCUCCAUGGGCGAUGCCGCAGAGGCCCCAGAAGCAAAGCGUGCGCGAGGG